AUGAACAAUUCUGCAACUCUCAUCCCUCCUGACCAAGUCAUCAUUGCCGCUAAGGGCAAUCACAUCACUGCUGGGGAUAUCUCUCACGCCUUAUUCUAUGCCAAUUCCUGGUUGUUGGCCAUGCGCCUCUAUGUUGACAAGAGUUUUGCCACUGACAUGCCUGGCUAUGCCGAAAUUUUUUACAUCUUGAUGAAAUGGGAGAUGGAGACCUUUGUAACCCCUUUCAUCAAUAUAUCUUUUCUCACCCGGUUGUCUGCUGUCAUUCCCUACCUUCUCAAGGGGGUGCUUGCAAUCAUGACUGCACACACAUUGGUGGACUGGCGACCGGAUGUUGAUGCUAUCCUGCAGGAUAUCAAGGCAUUGCGCCUGUCUGUUGAUUCCAACGCAUGCGAUGACUAUGACAUUGCUCAUAUGCCGGACUACUUCAAUGACUGGUGGAAGGAAAGUCUUGGUUCUUGCCGGGUGUCUGAUAUGUUGCCAAAGUCAUCCAUCCAAGAUGUGAUGGAUUUGGUUGGAUUUCACUGUUCACAACUCGUCCGGCCUGCUCCCAUAUAUUCUUCAGGGCCCGGAUCCGCUGCCAGACACAACCGGUUCAACAUCUCUUGUGCAGUGCCACAAGACGCCAAUUGGGAGAGAGUUGCUGGAUAUAUUACAGGGAAGGAUGAAGAAUCUUAG